AUGGCGACCCCCGACGACGGCCCGGCGCCGGCCGGGGCCGGGGGCCGCAAGUUCUGGCGCUCCGUGUCGUGGUCCGAGCCGCGGGAGCCGGCCCCGCCGCCGGACGCCGCGGGCGGGGCCGGGGCAGGUGGUAGCGGGGGCGGGCAGUCCCGCCGCGUCCCGCCGCCGCCGCCGCUCACCCCGCGGUCGAUGAGCUCCAAGGCGCGGUCCUGCCUCCCGCCGCUGCAGCCGCUCGCCAUCACCCGCCGCAGCCUGGACGAGUGGCCCAAGGCUGGCUCCGACGACGUCGGCGAGUGGCCCAACCCCACCACGCCCGGCGCCUCCAGGCCCUCCUCCGCCAAGCCCGGGGAGGGGCUCCGGCUCGACCUCUCCUCGCUCCGCUCGCAGGGACGCAAGGACCAGAUCGCCUUCUUCGACAAGGAGUGCUCCAAGGUCGCCGACCAUGUCUACCUCGGCGGCGAUGCCGUCGCCAAGAACCGCGACAUCCUGAGGAAGAACGGCAUCACCCACGUCCUCAACUGCGUGGGUUUCGUCUGCCCGGAGUACUUCAAGUCCGACCUCGUCUACCGCACGCUCUGGCUGCAGGACAGCCCCACCGAGGACAUCACCAGCAUCCUGUACGACGUGUUUGAUUACUUUGAGGAUGUGAGGGAGCAGGGCGGCCGUGUGUUUGUGCAUUGCUGCCAGGGGGUGUCACGCUCCACGUCUCUGGUCAUCGCCUACUUGAUGUGGAGGGAAGGCCAGAGCUUCGAUGACGCCUUCCAGUUUGUCAAGGCUGCCCGGGGGAUUGCGAAUCCAAACAUGGGCUUUGCCUGCCAGCUUCUCCAGUGCCAGAAACGGGUGCAUGCGAUUCCAUUGUCCCCAAAUUCAGUGCUCAGGAUGUACCGCAUGGCGCCUCACUCCCAGUAUGCCCCUCUGCAUUUAGUGCCCAAAAUGCUCAAUGACCCAUCCCCUGCCGCCCUCGACUCUAGAGGCGCGUUCAUUGUACAUGUUCUGUCGUCCAUCUAUGUCUGGGUUGGAAUGAAGUGCGAUCCGGUAAUGGAAAAGGAUGCAAAGGCUGCUGCGUUUCAGGUAGUGAGGUAUGAGAAGGUGCAGGGGCACAUCAAGGUUGUGAGAGAAGGUUUGGAGCCACAGGAGUUUUGGGAUGCAUUUUCAAGUACACCACCUAAUUCAGAGAGUAAUACAAAGAUUAGCAAGGACCAGAUCGAUUCAGCAUCCAAGAGUAACCCAGGAAGCCGGAGAAUUGAGUCUUAUGACGCUGAUUUUGAGCUCGUCUUCAAAGCAAUCACUGGGGGAGUGGUUCCAGCGUUCUCAACUUCUGGGGCUGGGGACGAGACCCAUCUUCCAGCUAGAGAAAGUAGCUGGAGUUUACUGAGGCACAAGUUUAUCUCCAGGUCGCUAGCUCGUGUUUAUUCAGAUUCUGCUCUAAUCAGGGAUUUUGAUCCACGGGUAGACCGUGUACAACACCUGGCUGCUGAAGCAUCAACCUCACCUCCUUUCCUUUCUCCAAGCUCCUUGUCAUCAGAUUCAAGCAUCAGCUCGAAGUAUAGUUCAGACUCACCCUCCUUAUCACCUACAACUAGCUCCCCACCAUCAUUUGGCCUCUCGCCUGCUUCAUCUAAUCUGCCUCAUGCUUUGGUGCCAUCGUCCAGGUCUCCCCUUUCUCAAUCAUCUAAUGAGGGAGCUUCGAAGCCUUCUGGCCUGCAAUCAAUGCGCUCUCCUUCCAAGACCUCUUCUAUAGCAGAAAGAAGAGGAGGCUUCACACUUCUAAAGCUACCAUCUCUCCAAAAGGAUCUUGUAUUGCCACCAAGGGUACCGUCUAGUAUUCGCAGGACUGAGGAGGCCUCAGAUAAGAGUAGUACAAAUGGUGUUAAACAGCGGACUGGUGAUUUUUGCUCAGAAAAAUGCACUGGUAAUAGUUCAAGCUUGCAUUCUGAAACUAGAUUAACUGAGCGCACUGACAGUAACUCAGAAGCUUGCAGUAAUGCACAACUGUUAGUCUACCAGUGGCCCAGCAUGGAAAAGCUAACUACAUUUGCACGCAAGGAUCUUGACCCAAAGUCGGUUUUGAUUUUUGUUACAUCGAAUGCCAUCAGAAGUGAAGCAGUUAAAAUGGUGUAUGUAUGGGUAGGAGGCGAAAAUGAAAGCAGCAAGAGUGUUGAUGCUGUUGAUUGGCAACAGGUCACUGGUGAUUUUCUUCAUCGAAAAGGCCUCAGCGAUGCUCUUCCUGUCAAGCUACCAGUCAAGCUGUAUAAAGAGCUUGGAACUUAUAUUUAG